AUGGAACUCUUCGAAAACUCUCCUAACACAAUGGACGACGCCCUUGCCCGCCAAAAAAGCCCAAGUGCUCGCUCGCCCAUCGCAUCUUCUCCCGCUCCCAUUCCACCCGACCGACUCGCCCAUCGCAUCCUCAGCAAGAACAGCCCCGCCCGACUCGCCCAAUCCCUCCUGGGCUCCAAGAUCCAAAAAACGCCGCCACCCGAAACCUCUCACCUGGAAAUCCUCCCAUCGAGAAUUCAAGUCCGACCAAGCGAGAAAAUCCACCCUCCGCCGUACCGCGAGACGAAAUCCGGCCCUCCCGCACCGUCGCUGCAAAGAUUGGAUCUUCCAUGA